UGCAGCCGGGACCGAUAAGCCAUCGCACCACCCCUCGUCAUUAGCCAAUCGACAUAUCUGCUUUCGCACUUGUACGCGUCGAGUCUCGGUGUUGGCCCCCAUCUGCAUCCUUUAUCCGGCAUGCUAAUCACAUUUUACUCCAAUCCACAACACCGAGGCAUCGCCAAAAACUGCAGAACCCGAAAUAAGGUGCAUCAGCAAUCGAGGCUUCCGGAGACCUGCAUCAGUCGUGAGAAGCUGGACACUAAUCCAUGUCCUGGCGUUGCGGAGACCUCAACGACCGUGCUGCAAGCUGCGAGCUGCGAGACCGACCCAACUCCCAGCAUGGCAAGGGUCGAAGAGCGUGGGGCUCGAGACACGGCAUGUCUCGUUUUCGGCCGAUCGUCCAACGCGACCCCCAAAUUGCCGCUAGGUCAGUGGUCUUUGCGUAGGUUGAUGUUGGUUUCCGGGAUGUACUACUACCCUGCUCGUGAAUCCGAAAGCAGAUUCGAGCCAAUAUGGUAGGACGUACAUGCUCGCGGACUCCAGCCGCCUCGAAGUGCUGGAGACACGGUGAGGUGGUGAAUUUCUCAAACUGAUCCCUCGUUCGUUCCAUACCUGUUUUUCUGCAGGACUCUUCGCCUUAAUGAUGAACAAUGAAUGACAAAGUUGACGAAUCGCACAUAUGGCGAGGUUCAGUCGCUGGCUCUCGACAUGUGCGGUGUCGACAGCAUUACUGCAUCUGGCAUGUUGUUUGAGCACAGGGUCAUAUACGAACAGUAGCAAGUCCAUCAUAGCGGAGAACGAUCGGAGUGUGACCAGCGACUUGCUGCCGUCGACUUUCAUUAGUAACCAGUCUGUGGGUAUCAGUACGACAUGGAGUACACAAACCGCUAUCUCAAGCUCGAGUGUCUCCACCAC